AUGUUGCUUUCAUCAUCGUCUUCGCGAGCAGCUGCAAAGCUGGGAGUAGCGCUUCUCUCAAGAGUGGCUCAGCCACGCUCCUUUGAUUUAUCAAACAUGUGCUACACCGGUUCGAUCGCAACUCAAACUAUAUUUCCUGCAACAGUCCGUGGUACUCAGGAGAAAUGGAUGAAACGGUUCGAGUCGGCAAACAUUCCUGAACCGGAAACCUCCAUUACCAACAUUAUAGCCCACGUGCUUGAGCUUUCGGGACCAGCCGACGUGGGGCAUCAUCAGAAUUCCUCGCUGAACGAAAUUCAGAUGGCAAAAAUCGAGGAGCUUUGUGAAUGUCGCUUGGCACGCAUGCCAAUACAGUACAUCAUCCGCGAGUGGGAUUUUCGGGAUUUGACGUUGAAAAUGAUACCCCCGGUAUUUAUUCCCCGACCCGAGACGGAGGAAUUGGUCGAGCUGAUACUGCAACAAAUGGAUACUCAAAAAGAAACACUCUUCCUCGAGAUAGGCUGCGGGACUGGUGCAAUCAGCCUGUCGCUUCUAAAGCAUGCCCCAAAGGCCUCCGCUAUUGCCGUUGAUCAGAGUCGAUUAGCUUGUGAACUGACGCGAGAGAACGCCGUUUCGGUCGGCUUGAUGGAACGGUUGCGCAUAUUUAAGCAUAAAAUAGUGGAUAAUAUUCCAACGGAACUAAGCGCUCACGUGUUCGAUAUGAUCGUCAGCAAUCCUCCGUACGUCCCUUCCAUGCUUAUUCCUACGCUCGAUCCGGAGAUCAAAAUCUACGAGGACCUACGAGCGUUGGACGGUGGUAAUGAUGGCUUAACUGUGAUAAAAGCUAUUCUUCGGAUAGCAAGCAAGCAUCUCUCAAAGGAUGGUGUCCUUUGGCUGGAAGUCGAUAGCACUCAUCCACCGGUGAUUGAGGAGUUUCUCUCGAAACACGGUAAUUUAAUGGGAUUACGAUUUUUGUCAUCUUAUAAAGAUCUAUUUCAGAAGGACCGGUUUGUUGAGAUUGUGAAGCUGUAAUUCAUGUAUCUCUAUUUUGUAACAGAAACAUUGUAGAAACGAAUAUUUAUGUAUAAAGUGUUUUGACUAAGAAAUAAGCCAAGCUUUAGUAAUUCUUACAAAUUAAAAACUCAUCCCUAUUGGUAGAAAUUCAUUCUUAUUGGUCGUUAAUGGCGUUACGGAAAACAACUUUAACUGUCUGUUACAACAGUGCUUUC